CCGCCGCCGCCGCGGUCGGAACGGGGCCGGAGCAGCCGCUGGCAGAGCCGCGCCGCCCAGCCCAGAGAGUUAUGUCAUGCCCAGACCACCAAAGGGCUCCAUGAGGAUUUAUGGAAGAUGCCCCGUGUCUUGGCGCCUCUGGUGCUCCUUCUGCUGUGGCUGAUGAGGAUCGCUGCCAGCCCCCAUUCCCUGAGGAUCGCUGCCAUCCUGGAUGACCCCAUGGAGUGCAGCAGAGGGGAGAGGCUCUCCAUCACGCUGGCCAAGAACCGCAUCAACCGUGCUCCCGAGCGGGUGGGGAAAGCCAAGGUGGAGGUGGACAUCUUUGAGCUGCUGCGAGACAGCGAGUAUGAGACAGCGGAAACCAUGUGUCAGAUUCUCCCCAAAGGAGUGGUGGGUGUCCUGGGACCUUCCUCGAGCCCAGCCUCGAGCUCUAUUAUCAGCAAUAUCUGUGGGGAGAAGGAGGUUCCUCACUUCAAAGUGGCACCGGAGGAAUUCCUGAAGCUGCAGCUCCAGCGGUUCACCACCCUCAACCUCCAUCCCAGCAACACCGAUAUCAGCGUGGCCGUGGCAGGGAUCCUGAACUUCUUUAACUGCACCACUGCCUGCCUCAUCUGUGCCAAAGCUGAAUGCCUUUUAAACCUAGAGAAGUUGCUUCGGCAGUUCCUCAUUUCCAAGGACACUCUCUCGGUCCGGAUGCUGGAUGACAGCCGGGAUCCCACCCCUCUCCUAAAAGAGAUCCGAGAUGACAAAACAGCGACCAUCAUCGUACACGCCAACGCUUCCAUGUCUCAUACCAUUCUGCGGAAGGCAGCUGAACUGGGAAUGGCGUCUGCCUAUUACACGUAUAUCUUCACUAAUCUGGAGUUUUCCCUCCAGCGCCUGGACAACCUGCUCGACGACCGAGUCAACAUCCUGGGGUUUUCCAUUUUCAACCAGUCUCAUGCUUUCUUCCAAGAGUUUGUCCAGAGCCUCAACCAGUCCUGGCAGGAGAAUUGUGAUCACGCUCCUUUCACUGGGCCAGCACUCUCCUCGGCCCUGCUGUUCGACGCUGUGUAUGCUGUGGUGACCGCCGUGCAGGAGCUGAACCGGAGCCAGGAGAUCGGGGUGAAGCCCCUGUCCUGUGGGUCUGCCCAGAUCUGGCAGCACGGCACCAGCCUGAUGAACUACCUGAGAAUGGUAGAAUUGGAAGGUCUCACCGGCCACAUCGAAUUCAACAGCAAAGGCCAGAGGUCCAACUAUGCCCUGAAGAUCCUGCAGCACACACGCAGCGGCUUCCGGCAGAUCGGCCACUGGCACGUUUCUGAAGGACUCAGCAUGGACAACAGGAUCUUCUCCUCCAAUAUAUCAGACAGUCUGUUCAACACCACGCUCAUUGUCACCACCAUCCUGGAAAACCCUUACUUAAUGCUGAAGUGGAACCAUCAAGAGCUGGAAGGCAACGACCGCUACGAGGGCUUCUGCGUGGACAUGCUGAAGGAGCUGGCAGAGAUCCUGCGUUUCAACUAUAAGAUCCACCUCGUUGGCGAUGGGGUGUAUGGAGUCCCUGAGGCAAACGGCACGUGGACAGGGAUGGUCGGGGAGCUCAUUGCUCGGAAAGCCGACCUGGCCGUGGCGGGGCUGACCAUAACCGCAGAGCGGGAGAAGGUGAUUGAUUUCUCGAAGCCAUUCAUGACUUUGGGAAUUAGCAUUCUCUACCGAGUUCAUAUGGGCCGCAAACCCGGCUAUUUCUCAUUCCUGGAUCCCUUUUCCCCUGGCGUCUGGCUCUUCAUGCUGCUCGCCUACCUGGCCGUCAGCUGUGUCCUAUUCUUGGUUGCUCGGUUGACACCGUAUGAGUGGUACAGCCCCCACCCCUGCUCACAAGGUAGAUGCAAUCUUCUCGUGAAUCAGUACUCUCUCGGCAACAGCUUGUGGUUUCCAGUCGGGGGAUUCAUGCAGCAAGGCUCCACCAUUGCCCCCCAAGCAUUAUCCACCCGCUGCGUCAGUGGAGUGUGGUGGGCGUUCACCUUGAUCAUCAUCUCCUCCUACACAGCCAAUCUGGCAGCCUUCCUCACCGUGCAGCGGAUGGAUGUCCCCAUCGAAUCCGUGGAUGACCUGGCUGACCAGACAGCCAUCGAGUACGGCACCAUUCACGGCGGGUCCAGCAUGACCUUCUUCCAAAACUCCCGCUACCAGACGUACCAGCGGAUGUGGAACUACAUGUACUCCAAGCAGCCCAGCGUCUUCGUGAAGAGCACGGAGGAAGGGAUCGCGCGCGUGCUGAACUCCAAUUACGCCUUCCUGCUGGAGUCCACCAUGAACGAGUAUUAUCGUCAGCGCAAUUGCAACCUCACGCAGGUCGGGGGCCUUCUGGACACCAAGGGCUACGGGAUUGGCAUGCCCGUCGGCUCUGUGUUUCGUGAUGAGUUUGACCUGGCCAUUCUCCAGUUGCAAGAGAACAACCGGUUGGAAAUCCUCAAGAGGAAGUGGUGGGAAGGAGGCAAGUGCCCCAAAGAGGAGGACCACAGAGCCAAAGGCCUGGGAAUGGAGAACAUCGGUGGAAUCUUUGUGGUGCUCAUCUGUGGCUUAAUCGUAGCAAUUUUUAUGGCAAUGCUGGAAUUUUUGUGGAGCCUUCGCCACUCUGAACAAUCAGAGGUGUCGGUGUGCCAAGAAAUGGUGACGGAGCUGCGCAACAUCAUCCUCUGCAAGGACAGUUUCCACCCUCGUCGGAGGCGAGGGGGAAUGGUACGGACUCGCCCCAUUCUCCCGGAGGAGCGCCGAGCCCGCAGCACAACCACGCUCAGCAAUGGGAAGCUGUGCAGUGGGGGAGAGCCAGACCCCCUGGCACAAAGACUGGCUCAAGAAGCCGCCCUGGUCGCCCGAGGGUGCACGCACAUCCGCGUGUGCCCCGAGUGCCGCAGGUUUCAGGGUCUCCGGGCACGGCCGUCUGCGGGCUCGCCCGCACAGAGCGAGGAGAGCUUGGAGUGGGAGAAGACCACCAACAGCAGCGAGCCUGAGUAACGCUGGGGCAGGGGGCGUUGGGGUGGGACGAGGGGGUCCUGUUCCAUUUUACAGAACAUGGACUUGUACAAUGUCAACUCGUUUUUAAACUCAAAGCAGUUACCCAGCUUCUCCAGAGCAAGGUGGACCUUUGGGCUGAUGCGCAGGCCUGUCCAGAGGGUCAGCUUUGGUUUAGGUGUCCGAGAGGACGCGUGUACCGCUGAAAGGGCUGAUGCAGCAGGAGCGAGGUCCUCUGCCUGGCCUGUCCCCAGCAGUUGUCUCCGUGCCACCGUGCGGCCCCGAGAUGGGAAGGAUGGACGUGGUGGGUAACUGGUGUAGCAGAUGUUGCCCAUACAGGGGCAUGAGUGGUUCAUUAAUGUUCUCCACCCCAGGCCGGGAGAAAGGAUGCUGGCGCUGUCUCUCCAUCACAUCGACUUACCAGGGGAUGUUCUCAAAGGGCAGGGAGGGGGGUGUCUUUUUAUUUGAUGUGGGUAAGGGAUGGGAAGGGAGGAGUUAUUCUUUUGUUCGGUUUAUUUUGGGUACGUCAGGACCUAGUCUGCGAGGCACCGGGUUUCAGGUGCUGAAAUCUUCCUUUUCAGAGUUUGUCGGAUGGACUGAGGGAGGAAGGGAAGGAUGGGAUGGGAUGGGACAAGCCCCCCGUGAGAAGCAGCUUUUAGUGAGAGUCCAUCUGAGGAGUUGUUUAAAAUGCAUAAAUAUAUAUAUAAAUAUAUAUAUACAUAGAUAUAUAUAUAUUAAGAUGCCAAAAACCAACCAACCAACACAGUGAACUUAAAGAGGCCUUGAAACGCCUGGAAUUUCAGGGGUUCUGUGUCUUUCGUUUAGUUCUGGGGUUAUCUUUCGCUUUUUCCUUCCUGCUUUUGGGAUCGGGCGGGGGGAGCCUUUUGAGGAAGGUGAGGAGGGACCUUCCUGCCAUAAGGGAGGUGAUAUUUGCUGCCCACUGUCGCUCCUCAAAGCAUCCACAGCCCCAAACAAGCGACUGAGCUCCCCUUGUCCGUGACCCACGGAGCACCCUCAGCCUUGGGGGUGACUUGCAGCCCAUGUCUAGCAGCAGCAAUGCCUCACAGCAUUCGAGAUAACCAUUAGCCUGGGAUGUGAUGUAAGGAAAAAUAUUUACUUCCCUAGCAACAGCAGCAGCUCACCCUCUGCUUGGUACAGACGUGGGUUUUACAUUGACAAAUUUAAUUUUCUGAUUGAAAAACAAAUUCUAUGCAAUUUCUGAUUGUAGAAGGAAAGAGACGACAAUGGAGAGAGGCAGGGGAGAUAAAGCCUUGAGUGAAGGUACAUCCUGUUCUUGAAUUGUUUUCUUUUCUUUUUGUCUUGAAUGUACUGAAAUAAAAGAUGUCCUUGUAUAA